AGCGUUUGUCCAUCCCGGUUUUCCGUAGUUACCGGUUAUUGGAGGUCAGCCGCCUCUGGCGUGCGCUUGAAAUGUGAACCCAGAAAUGUCAUGAACUGAAUCUGAGAGACGAGGUGGUACAGUUAUCUACAUAAAAUCGAUUUGUUUUAAAUGGCGUAAAUAACAUCAAUGCGUUAAUCUCGCGUGAGCAGUGAUUUUUCUGCUCGACACAGACGGAAGUUUCUCCGUCCGUUUUGUCCUACAGAGCGCCAGCAGCGCGCAGGCCUGUUACAUACAUCAGCACAAAGAUCAAUGAUCCGAGCCAAAGGACAUUUUCACUUUAUAUCCUGCGCAAACUAAACUCGCAACGAUGAGGAAGGACGUGAGGAUAUUACUUGUCGGAGAGCCCAAAGUGGGGAAGACUUCCCUGAUCAUGUCACUUGUCAGCGAGGAAUUCCCUGAUGAGGUUCCUCUCAGAGCCGAAGAGAUCACUAUUCCUGCUGACGUUACGCCUGAGAGAGUCCCCACUCAUAUAGUAGACUAUUCAGAAGCCGAACAGUCGGAUGAGCAGCUUUACCAAGAAAUAUCAAAGGCUAAUGUUAUAUGCAUAGUCUAUUCAGUCAACAACAAGAAGUCAAUUGAAAAGGUGACGAGUCACUGGAUUCCCCUUAUCAAUGAGCGAACGGAUAAGGACAGCAGAGUUCCCUUGAUACUGGUGGGGAACAAAUCUGACCUGGUUGAGCACAGCAGCAUGGAGACCAUCCUCCCCAUCAUGAACCAGUACUCUGAGAUUGAGACCUGUGUAGAGUGUUCAGCCAAAAACUUGAAGAACAUCUCAGAGUUGUUCUACUAUGCUCAGAAGGCUGUUCUGCACCCCACAGGACCGCUCUACUCCCCUGAGGAGAAAGAGAUGAAAUCGUCUUGCAUCAAAGCACUUACUCGCAUUUUCAAAAUAUCAGACCUGGACAAUGAUGGAAUCCUGAAUGACAGCGAGCUUAACUUCUUUCAGAGAACUUGUUUUAACAUUCCCCUGGCGCUUCAAGCCCUGGAGGAUGUGAAAAAUGUUGUUCGGAAAAACUUGUUAGAUGGGGUGAAGGACAACGGUCUCACACUAAAGGGCUUCUUGUUUCUUCAUACUUUGUUUAUUCAGAGAGGAAGGCACGAGACGACGUGGACCGUGCUCAGGCGGUUUGGUUACGAUGAUGACCUGGAGCUCACCCAAGAAUACCUGUUUCCACUGUUAAAAAUACCUCCAGAUUGUACCACAGAACUGAACCACAACGCCUACCUCUUUCUUCAGAGCGUCUUUGACAAGCACGACAAAGAUCGAGACUGUGCCCUGUCUCCAGAUGAGCUUAAGGAUCUGUUCAAGGUCUUUCCCUACAUGCCCUGGGGUCCUGAUGUCAACAACACAGUCUGCACCAAUGAACAGGGCUGGAUCACUUACCAAGGCUACCUGUCCCAAUGGACGCUAACAACAUACCUGGAUGUGCAGCGCUGUUUGGAGUAUCUGGGUUAUCUUGGUUACUCCAUUAUUCAAGAACAGGAGUCACAAGCAGCAGCUAUUACAGUCACCAGGAGUAAGCGUAUUGACCUGCAGAAGAAACAGACGCAGCGCAGUGUCUUCCGUUGCAAUGUGCUGGGAGCCAGAGACAGCGGUAAAAGUGGGUUUCUUCAAGCCUUCCUGGGCAGGAACCUGGCGCGUCAAAAUAGGAUAAGAGAUGACCACAAGUCUUACUAUGCCAUCAGCACCACUUAUGUUUACGGACAGGAAAAGUACUUGCUCCUUCAUGAAGUGCUUCCAGACUUCGAGUUCCUCUCUGAGGCUGAUCUUGCCUGCGAUGUUGUGUGCCUGGUGUAUGACAUCAGCAAUCCUCACUCCUUUGAAUACUGUGCUAAAGUCUACAAGAAACACUUCAUUGACAGCAAGACACCUUGUGUGAUCAUCGGUGCCAAAUCGGACUUGCACGAAACCCGUCAGUAUUACAGCACGUCGCCGCUAGAUUUCUGCCGGAAACACAAACUUCACCCACCGCAGCUGUUUACCUGCAACACUGCUGAUGCGCCCAGCAAAGACAUCUACACCAAACUUACAACCAUGGCCAUGUAUCCCCACUCCAAGUUACGCUGCAUGUGCACCUGCAACAGGUGUACCUUUUGCAUCUGUCACAACCUCCUCAACUCUGAGCUGGUGCGCUCGGUAAAGGCCAAACUCUACAGUGCUGUUCUGACCAGACACAUGACCCAGGCUGACCUAAAGAACUCCACGUUUUGGUUAAGGGCCAGCGUUGGUGCCACAGUGUUUGCCGUCCUUGGCUUUGCCAUGUACAAAGCUCUGCUCAAGCAGCGGUGAUCGACGCAGUCGGCAUGCUACGACAACCCGGUCUUUUUCUGAUAAACUACAACACCCAUAAUCCCUCAUUCCUGCAUUAUUUCAUUUUUGAGAAAGACUAAGUGCGUAGUAAUAGUUAGCUAGAUUUUGUAUAGUACAACUGCCUUAUGUGUCUCUUUCCAUAAAGUGUAAUAGAAACCCCUCUCAUCAGCCAUGCGAUGGUACAGGACAUUGUCGGAUCCUCUGCUGUUUGGACGUGAGGUUUUUAAUUUAUGCACACUAAUGUUUUCCUCAGGUCGCUAUUAGUGGGGUGUGACCUAUAUUGGGAAGACACAGCAGAGGGGCAGGGUUUACUGAUGGUGGACGCAACACUAUGUUUAUAUGUGUAUAUAUAUAUAUAUUAAGAUUGCCUGUAGUUAGUGAGAAAAUCAGAUUUGAAGUCAUGCUCGAGAGAAGCGAUGAAUGAAACAAAGCCAUUUCUCAUAUGUAAAGGUCAUUUUCCUCUUAGUACAUUGCAAGUGUAUUAAUUUAUUAGUUUUUUUGCCAUUGCUUGAACAAAGGAUUAUUUUUAUGCAAUGUUUGGAUUUUAUUUUCAUAAAUUAUGAUUUUCAUGUUUACGUAAUGCCUUGAUGAAGAUCAUGCACAAGAAAUUCACGUUUCACAAUUGAGUUCUUCCUCAUUAAAUGUUCAGUUAUGAUGUUAUGGGUAUUUCUAUAUGAACAUACAUGCUUCUAUAUAUAUAUAUAUAUAUAUAUAUAGCUGCUUACUACAUUACACUUCAUUAUUUAUGCUCAACUAACAAUCAUGUAGACAAAGUCACUAAAACAUUCUUAAGUUUUGCUCUAAUGUUUCAGCUCUUAUGCAUAUGUAACUUUCAGUGCAUUUUCCCCGAUAAAACUAAGGAAUUGUUGCAUAUAUGGAUUUUCAAACAUUUACAAUAAAUAAUGGUGUGAAUAAA